GAUAAUCUUAGAAUUUUUUAGGUUAUUUCUUUUGUUGGAAACUUGCAUCGUGCUCAUCAAUAAUUAAAAAGUGCUCUUAUCCAAAUUAUCCAAUCCAAACGUUUAGUUUUUAUUUUUUUAUACCCAUAUACUUUUUGAAUUAUUUUUUACCAUCAUGGAUGAAGAAUAUGGUUAUUUUGAGGUUACAAUAGGUGAAGAGUGUGGUAGCGUUAAUGGGUAUGAACAUAAUAAUCGUAAUACUGAGACUGAGGAUUUUGCCCAUGAAAGUGAUUUUAAUGGGGCUGAUUUUCUUUCAAACAGAUUUGUAAAUGCAGCUGUGAACCAAAGAGACUCAACAAUUGAGGAAUUAUUGAUCUCUUUUGUUGAAAGCAAUCCUCCAUUAUGGAACCAUAGAAUUCCUCUGAUGGAGAGAACGAAAACGAUAAAAGAGAGAUUAUGGGUUGAAAUUCAAAUUGAAUUUGGGGAUACAGAUCUGUCACUGGCUGUAUUACAGAAAAAAUGGAAGAACCUGAGAGACACAUAUAUAAAAACAAAGGCCGAAGUUGAGGUUUAUGUCCCAACGGGAGCAUCACAAAAGAAAAGAAAGAGAGUUUGUAAACAUUACGAAAGUAUGAAAUUUUUAAGCGACUCAGUUGUACCAAGAAGGUGA